AUGGCGGAUACGCUGGACCUUUUGGGGGUUAUCGGCACAUGGCUUGGAGUUGUGAUAGGCUUGGUCGCCAUCGUCGGUGUGAUCACGCCGUUCCUCCUUCUGCGAGCCGCACGUUCGGAGCGCUCUCAGGCCCUGGGCAAAGUCGAUGAUGCCGGCACCGGAUACAUCAAGAACAGGUGGAACAUGACCCGACAAAUCCGCUUUCGAUCCGUACACGCUCCCCUUCUAAGCUUGUUGCCGGGAGAGGGGGGGGUUAGCUUGUCGAGGAUCGUGACAUUGGAACAGCGGAACAGGGCGGAAGACGUUGUCUCAUCAUCUUCGACUGGAUGGGUCAAUCUCGCAAAGCUCGCCGAGUUCUAUUCAUCCGGCUCCAAGAAAGGAGACCCACUGCUCAUUCGGCACGGAGAGGCCUGGUUCCCUGUUCAUCGAUUCUUUAUCCUGGGGAUUGGACUUCGGGGUCGAUAUGGUCAUCGUCCAGAUCGGGGAGAAAGCCGUUCCGUAAGAACGACCGCAAGGUUGUUUACGGAGGAGGGAAAUCUCGAUGACGAGGAUGCCUACCUCAACUCUGGUACCGCCAACAAGCUAUACGGAACGACUGGGGUGGCGUGGUGGCGUCAGAGCCUCGACUUGACCGAGACGAGAUUCGACGAGAUUUACUUUGCCCAACACCCGGAUCGGCCGAGAUUGGAACAUCUCGUGGAUCCGACUCCACUAUCGGAGCUGUUUUGGCUUUCCAUUGGAUGUUUGCCAAUGGGAGACGGGCGUCGCGUUUAUGACCUGGACAUGUCCAACAGGGCACCGGUCGUCUCCACACGACCUACUGACAGGCAGGACCGUCCCAGAAAGGACACGCUCGUCACCGCACGCCCUCAUGACAAGGAGAACCGUCCCAGAGAGCACACGGUCGUCACCGCACAACCCACUGACAAGAAGGACCGUCCCAGAAAGGACACGGUUGCCUUUACAAGGAGGGAGAGUCUGCUGGAAAGGCAUACAGAAUGGGCCACCUCCAUGGGUGCCAGAGAGAGGGACAUCUAUUACCUCGAGUUCCCGCCUGGCGUGAGGACCAACACAUCCCGAGUGGCUGUCAAAGAGGCGGACCGACAGCACCUGGCUCUAGGAAUACUCAAGCUCACGUUGAGUGCUGGGGGAUUCCUCCUUCCCGCAGGACGAAACCUGUCUUCUUUCUUUCGUGGCUCCAAGUUCAGCGAAGCUCUCAAGGAUCCAAACAACGUCGACCACCUCGGCGAUCCUUUGGAGUCCUUGGCAUUGACGUUAACAACACUUGGAGAACAUGGGGACGUGCGCGGCUUCAGCCGUCAACGGGCGCAGCUUUGCGCAGAAGCGAAUACACUUCUUGAGAAUGAACUAUCUCGCGCGCCCGCGCCUGAUGACUUGAAACGCAUUCAACUUGUCGUCAGUGUUCUCACUAUUACGGAUAGGAUUUUCUUUGGGCAAAUUUCCGACUUGCUACGAGGUCCAUCACCUGGGGACAUGAUCUCUAUCGAGACGCAAGCCGAUAGCGUGACGAUAGGAGGCAAGAUUUAUCAGUUCGAUUACACUGGCAUCUUUUCAACCCAGAACACGUACCCGAGCGUCGACCUUUCAAAGCUCUGUGUCUUUCUCUGUUUCUUGAAAGCGUGUGUCCGCGUGGUUGCGGUCAACAAUUAUGUGGAUUCGACCCCGUUGUUGGACUCUGUGAACAAGAUGACGACGACCGUCCAUGUGGCGUCCAACACUCACCCUCCAUUGUUGUUUCUACCCGGCAGUCAAGCUUCUGGUCAGCCGGAGCAGCACACCCAAGCCACGACGGGUUCCGCUAAAGGACGAGAAAGUGGACGCCAGACGAGGCGGCGAGCUCGGAUCCUCCAAGAAGGAGAGUCCUCGGAGACAGCCUCUGGAGACGCAGUUGUAUACGAUGAUAGUAGUGAUGACGAAGGCCUGUGA